AUGAGUCAAGUGUUGGGUUGUACGGUAUCAUUCGAUAGAGAUGACAUCGGUCAAACGCCACUGUUUCUGAUGCCGGGAACUACGGAAAUCUACCCAACUAUCGUCCAGACUACCGACGUGAAAUUUCACCAAGGAGAACAGGUUGAACUUUCCUGCACCGGUGGAUUCAAAUACUUUAAAAAGCAGAAAACGAUCUUAGCAACCUGUGAUGGAGGCGUUGGCUUCACUGUUAAUGGAGAUUUGUACAAGAUCUCGGAGCUUACCUGCCAAUCGCCAUCUUUUCACGAAGCACAACGUACAAAUCGGACAUGUUUCGAAAAUGCUACGCUGAUCGAAGUAGGCUAUCCGGUCAAGUCUGGAUUUUUAAAAAUGUACGAAGCCUGCUUCGACGAAGAGUCUUAUGUGAGUGUAUAUUCUCGUUAUCGCAUGGCACCAUGGAAUGUAAAGACUCAGAAAGUUCGAAAACGACCGCAGUUUAUUUCGAAUGGGUUCUACGACGGUCUCAAUGUGAACAAAAAGUAUAGUUUCGUAGAACAACGGAACACACUGAUCAAGAUUCUCAAGACAGCCGAGCGUGUAGAUGCUUUGCUAAAUCAAAACAAAGACUUGUUUCUUGCGAGAGGUCAUCUAGCUGCAAAAGCAGAAUUUGUUUAUGUUGCCCAUCAGCUGGCCACUUUCUGGUUUAUGAAUGUUGCACCCCAAUGGCAAAGUUUUAAUGGCAAAAACUGGCAACGCAUCGAAAGUAACUUACGAGACUAUUUGGCACGAAAAAAAAUAUCCGUUACCGUUUAUACUGGGACCUACGGCGUAUUAGAGCUUGCCGAUACCAAUGGGGAUCCCCAAAAAUUAUACCUGGAUUACGACGCUGAUGGUGUUGCUAGAAUUCCUGUUCCGAAAAUCUACUACAAGGUUUUACACGAUGAGGCAAACGAUGCUGGAAUUGCAUUAAUUGGAGUGAAUAAUCCAUUCAUCACUAAGGAGGAACUCAAAGAGGAUUUCUUCUUCUGUGAAGAUGUAGCCGAUCAACUCGAUUGGUGGAAGUUUGAUCGUUUGAAUCUGCGCGAAGGUUUCUGCUACGCCUGCCGUGUUGAUGAAUUCAAUGCUGUCACAAAGCACCUUCCACUGCAACCAAUAGCGAAUUUGUUGCUUUGA